AUGCAAGAUAUGUCGAAUGAAAAUGUGAAAAGGGUCUCACCCAGAGACAUACAAGUGGUCCAAAAUCUUAUAGAACGAUGUCUUCAGUUGUACAUGAAUCAACAGGAAGUUGUCCAAACCUUAUUGGAUCAGGCGAAGAUAGAGCCUGGUUUCACAGAACUUGUUUGGCAAAAGCUUGAAGAAGAAAAUCGGGACUUCUUUGAUGCAUAUCGUCUGAGAUUAAUGGUGAAGACCCAGAUAAUGGAAUUUAAUAAGUUACUUGAGCAACAAGCUCAGUUGAUGCAUCAGAUAAGUCCAACUGGAGUUGCUUCAAUGCCUAAUUCUAAUGGGUCUCAGCUUCCACCAUUGCAUCAGAACUCCUCGUGCUAUGUCUCUGACCAGGCACGUGGUGCCUUGAGAUCAGAUAACAUACUUACACCCAUUGGUUCAAGCAUUCCCAAUUCAUUUACCAAUGGUGGAUCCUCACUCCAUUCGAGUAUGAGAACUGCUGUUGACAUUUCAGCUCACAGAAUUGAUGCUUCGACAAGCUUGCUUGCUACUCAAAGUACAAACUUGGGCAUGAUGCAAGGAAUGAAUGGAGCCAUAAAAUCUGAAGCUGGUUACACAGGCAGUUCUUACGGGUUGGGCACUGGUGUAAAUGUCAUAGAAGCACGUCCAUCCAUUGCAGAUGCAUCGUUUAGCAGCGUAGAUUCCAGCUCACAAGCCAUUAAUGAGCCAAUUAUUGAUCCAGACGCAUCUUCUUUUGGAUUUUUGGGUCAGAUUCCUCGGAAUUUCAGUCUUUCGGAUCUGACUGCCGACUUUAAUCAGAGCUCAGAUAUACUAGAGAACUAUGUUAGAUCACCCUUCCUGGCUGCAGAAAAUGAUAACUUUUUGGAUUCCCGUGACAGAGAGCUUCAAGGGGACAGCCGAUUGGAUACCAUUUCAGAAGGAGUGAGUUAUGACAAUUUUGGAGGUCCAGAUCAUAAGGGGAUGGGAAAAUUUCGAACUGUAUAUAUAGCAUUGUAUAGGAUGGGGAUUCAGCUUCAGGUCUAG